AUGAUGGCCCUUAGUAAUUCCAGCUGGAGGCUACACCAGCCUUCUUUUUUCCUGAUUGGCAUCCCAGGUUUAGAGGAAAGCCAGCAUUGGAUAGCAUUGCCACUGUGUGUCCUUUACCUCUUUGCUCUAGUGGGAAAUGUCACCAUCCUCUUCAUCAUCUGGACUGACCCGUCCUUGCACCAGCCUAUGUGCCUUUUUCUGGCCAUGUUAUCUGGCACUGACCUGAUCCUGGCCUCUUCCAUGGCACCCAAAGCCCUUGCAGUGCUCCUGGUUCAUGCCCAUGAGAUUGGGUACACUGUCUGCCUGAUCCAGAUGUUCUUCAUCCAUGCAUUCUCUUCUAUGGAGUCAGGUAUACUGGUGGCCAUGGCUCUGGAUCGCUACGUAGCCAUAUGUUACCCUCUGCACCAUUCCAGCAUCCUGCAUCCAGGGACCAUAGGGCGCAUUGGAGUAGUGGUGCUGGUGCGAGGAUUGCUUCUCCUCCUCCCAUUCCCUAUCCUAUUGUGGAGACUUGUGUUCUGUCAGGCCACCGUCAUAGGCCAUGCAUAUUGUGAACAUAUGGCUGUGGUAAAACUUGCUUGUUCAGAAACCACAGUGAACCGAGCUUAUGGGUUGGCAGUGGCACUGCUUGUGAUUGGCAUAGAUGUCCUGGCCAUUAGUAUUUCCUAUGCCUUCAUCCUCCAGGCAGUACUGAAGGUACCAGGCACUGAGGCCCGAAUUAAGGCCUUUUACACAUGCGGGUCUCAUAUUUGUGUUGCCCUGGUCUUCUAUGUUCCUGGCAUAGUUUCUUUCCUCAAUCAUCGUUUUGGCCACCAUGUUCCCCAUCACAUUCAUGUUCUUCUGGCCAUACUUUACCUCCUUCUGCCCCCUGCACUCAAUCCUCUUGUCUAUGGGGUGAAGACUCGGCAGAUCCGCCAGCGGGUACUCAGGGUGUUUUACAUAAAAGGGUAA